UAUAUUAAUCUAAGAGGCGGGGUCGUCUAAGCUGCCGCGCUGGCAUUUCCUCCUGGAGAAGGAAAGAGUACGGCUGCUGAGAACCCAGCCCAGCAAUCGCGGUCCUCUUGAGUCGUGAAGAAGGGAGGCAACGAGGGGGUUGGGGUUGGGGCCUGAGGCCAGGCUCCGCUGUACCCCGAGGGACCGGAGCUAUGGCUCAGAAAAUGGAGUGUGGUGCGGGGCUCCACGGCUUCCAGGCUGAAGCCUCUGUAGAAGACCGCACCUUACUUAUGCAGACCUUGAUGGAGGCGAUCCAGAUCUCAGAAGCUCCACCUGCCAGCCAGGCCACUGCAGCUGCCAGUGGGCAGAAUGCUAGUCCCCAGUGUUCACAGACCCAAACUGCCAAUGAGAUGGCUGAUGUUCAAGUUUCAGCAGCUGUCACAAGGCCCGAAACACCCUUUAAAGCUCAGAAUGCCACUGAAAAAGACCCAAAUGGUGGCUAUGAUUUCUCUAAGGCACAUAAUGCCACGGAGAUAGCCAAUACCCAACCCAUGGCAGCCUUUAAGCUCCAGAAUGCCCCUCUAAAGGGCCCAAAUGCUGCCUGUGGUUUUUCUAAGGCAACAGCCACAAGUGAAUUGGCUACUAGUAAGUCUGAGAUUGCUUUAUUUAAGGCACAGGAUGUUACUACAAAGCUGGGCCCAAAUCCCAACAGUAGUGUCUCUCAGUCCUCUAAUGCAAAUGAGAUGGUCAUUAAUCAGCCUAAAACUGCCUUCAAGGCCUGGAAUGAUAUCCAGACCCACAGUCAGAAUGUAAAUUGGGCCAAAAUGGCCACUUCCCAGGCAGACACAGAAACCAACCCAAGUGUCUUUGAACCUGACGGUGCAGCUGCGCAGACAUCAGCAGAUGGUUCCAUGGCUCAAAAUUUGGAGUCCCGGACUAUUAUUCGGGGCAAGAGGACCCGCAAGAUGAAAAAUUUGAAUGUAGAAGAGAGCACCAGUGUUGAUCAGAGGCCGGCUCCACUGGCUGCUGGGACCUGGAGGUCUGCAUCAGUUCCAGUGACUACUCAGAGCCCACCUGGUGCACCCCCUAAUGUGCUCUGGCAGACCCCGUUGGCUUGGCAGAACCCAUCUGGUUGGCAAAACCAGACAGCCAGACACACCCCACCAACACGUCAUAACCUCCCAGCUAGGCAGCCCCCACCAUCCUGGCAGAACCCAGUUGUAUGGCAGAAUCCAGUGAUCUGGCCAAACCCCAUUGUUUGGCCCGGUGCAGUUUUCUGGCCAAGCCCCAUUGUUUGGCCUGGCCCAGUUGUCUGGCCAAACCCAGUGGCUUGGCAGAAUCCACCUGGAUGGCAUGUUCCACCUGGAUGGCAGAACACACCAGGCUGGCAGGGCCCUCCAGGCUGGCAGGGCCCUUCUAAUUGGCCAUUACCUCCUGACUGGCCAAUGCCACAUGAUUGGCCACUUCCCCCUGAAUGGCCACUUCCACCUGACUGGAUCCAUGCAGAUUGGCCAGUUCCACCUGACUGGCAGAACCUGCGACCCUCGCCUAACCUCCGACCCACCCCCAACUCACAUGCCUCACAGAACCUGGGUGCCCCACAACCCCGAGAUGUCGCCCUUCUUCAAGAAAGAGCAAAUAAGUUAGUCAAGUACCUGAUGCUUAAAGACUACACAAAGGUGCCCAUCAGGCGCUCAGAAAUGCUGAGGGAUAUUAUCCGAGAAUACGCUGAUGUUUAUCCAGAAAUUAUUGAACGCGCAUGCUUUGUCCUGGAGAAGAAAUUUGGGAUACAACUGAAAGAAAUUGACAAGGAAGAACACCUAUACAUUCUCAUCAGUACCCCAGAGUCCCUGGCUGGCAUACUGGGAACGACCAAAGACACACCCAAGCUAGGUCUCCUCUUAGUAAUUUUGGGUGUCAUCUUCAUGAAUGGCAACCGUGCCAGUGAGGCUGUCCUCUGGGAGGCACUACGCAAGAUGGGUCUGCGUCCUGGGGUGAGACAUCCUCUCCUUGGAGAUCUGAGAAAACUUCUUACUUACGAGUUUGUAAAGCAGAAAUAUCUGGACUACAGACGAGUGCCCAACAGCAACCCUCCUGAGUACGAGUUCCUCUGGGGGCUCCGUUCCUAUCAUGAGACUAGCAAAAUGAAAGUGCUGAGAUUCAUUGCAGAGGUUCAGAAGAGAGACCCUCGUGACUGGACUGCCCAGUUCAUGGAGGCUGCAGAUGAGGCCUUGGAGGCUCUCGAUGCUGCUUCCGCUGAGGCUGAAGCCCGAGCUGAAGCAAGAACCCGCAUGGGCAUUGGAGAUGAGGCUGUAUCUGGGCCCUGGAGCUGGGAUGACAUUGAGUUUGAGCUGCUGACUUGGGAUGAAGAAGGAGAUUUGGGGGAUCCCUGGUCCAGAAUUCCAUUUACCUUCUGGGCCAGAUACCACCAGAAUGCUCGCUCCAGAUUUCCCCAAACCUUCACUGGUCCUAUUAUUGGUCCUGCUGGUACACCCACUGCCAACUUCGCUGCCAACUUCAGUGCCAUUGGUUUCUUCUGGGUCGAGUGAGGCAUUGGGCAGGUACUGCACAUCAGUUGCAAUAGUCCUUGCCCUGAGUGAGGCUGAAGCCUCAGAUUUCUUCCAAAUACAGCUGUAUAGAGAGCCACAUCCUGUUGACUAAAAGUGGCAUGCAAGAUCAAUACAUUUAUUGUUACUGUCUGUUGCUUUUUUUCCCUUGUGUGCUGCCAAGUUUUGGUAUCAGAAAUAAAUGUUGAAACAGCAA